UGAAGGACCCAGGGAUGACGCAGCUCUUUGGUUUACUUCUGCUGUGGUUUGGGCCCCUGCUGCUUCAGUUCUCCAGUCAACUUAGAGAAGACUUAACCAGAACCAGGAAGCUGUGCGGCAGGUACCUGGUGAAAGAAAUAGAAAAACUCUGUGGCACUACUAACUGGAGCCAGUUCAAGCUUGAGGAGGAAACCCCUAAUACAGAGGAACCCCCGAUUCCUGGCGAGAUUGAAAUCUUCGACCCCUACGAAUACCAAAACCACCGGAACCCUUUCUCCGAGAGGGGAAGAGUCACAAACCCAGCCUCUGCCUCUCCGGGAAAACCAAUAAAUAGUUUGGGGAUACAGUCACACUCUAAGUAUCACUAUAAAAAGGUCAACUGGCUGCCCAUCAAGAUAAGCGAUUAUUCUUCAUCAGAUGAUGUUGAUCCAUAUUCUCAUGACAGUAUAAAACCUCAGAAGAAAAGCUCAACUAAAAUUAAAACACCACACAGUUUAUUUUGGGGGAAUCAUCCCCAAAGAAAACGCAGAGGAUUCUCAAAUAAAUGCUGUAUUAAAGGAUGUUCAAAAGCAGAACUUGCCAUUGCAUGUCUCCCAUAUAUUGAUUAUUUAAACAAUGAUAAAAGAACCAUCACUUUUGACUAA